UCCGUCCUUCUGAUUGGCUCUUUCGAACAGCGCUUCUCUUCACAUUCCAUGGUACUGCUAACGAACAACUUGGGAAAUGGGGAAUAACAAACAUUAAACACAAACCGACGUGCAUUUCGGAAAAGAAAAAAUAAAACUUAUACGAGUGCAGUAUAUGAGAAGCUCUCGAUGCCGAACAAAGAGCUGAUUCACUCCUGAAAGCAGAUAUGGCCGUUCAGGGGGGACUCCAGGUGUGGUUUGGGGAGAAGUUUGAUGCCCCUGUCCUGAGCCCGCGCAGUCCACACAGUCCCCUGACGCUGCGUCAUGGCCCCGGAUUGGCCGAUGUCUUCCAGUACGACCAAUGGCUGUCCGUGCGCCACGAGGCUUCGCUGGUGCCCAUGCAGGAAGACCUGGCAAUAUGGCUGACGGGCAUUCUGGGAGAGGAGGUGCAGGCCGAGCGCUUCAUGGAGGAGCUGGACAGCGGCGCCAGGCUGUGCCAGCUGGCGUCAGAGCUGCAGAGGAGGGUGGCACAGAGCUGCCACCCCGAGGAGCGCUGGGAGUGUUUCCCGAUGAAGCGCGUCGCGUGCAGGAAAGACGCCUCCCCCGGCUCGUUCUUCGCCCGGGACAACACCGCCAACUUCCUGCGCUGGUGCCGGCGGCUAGGCAUCGACGAGACCUUCCUGUUCGAGUCGGAGGGUUUGGUGUUGCAUAAGGAGCCCAGACAGGUGUGCCUCUGCUUGCUGGAGAUCGGGAGGAUUGUAUCCAAGUUUGGGGUGGAGCCUCCUGCCCUGGUGAAGCUGGAGAAGGAGAUUGAGCUGGAGGAGUCUCGCCUGCUGUCCAGCAGCCCUGCUCCAGCUGUGAAGACCUUCACUGUGUGCUGCCAGCAUGGAGGCCUGUACCAGGCGGUUCAGGAUAUGGCCCAAGACCCUCCCUGUAACUGCGAUAACAGGCUGUCCAUAGAGUACCUGUCAGAGGGCCGCUACAGACUCGGGGACAAGAUCCUCUUCAUAAGGAUGCUGCAUGGGAAGCAUGUGAUGGUGCGUGUGGGGGGGGGCUGGGACACGCUGCAGGGCUUCCUGCUGAAGUACGACCCCGGCCGCGUGCUGCAGUUCACCACGCUGGAGCAGAAGAUCCUCUCCUUCCAGAAGGUUCCGCCCGGCCCCGCCACGGGCGCCGCCGCCUCCUCGGCUGCCCCCGCCCCCCACCCCCCGGCCAUGGACCCCCUCUCAGCCGUGGACCUGCCCGCCUUCUCUGCCAAACCCGCCGCCCCGCCGCCCGCCCCCGCUCUCCGAGGACACGCCCCCUCCCCUUCCCCCGCCACUCCCACCCUCCCAAAAAACAGAGCUGACCCCAAGAAGACCCUGCACUUGCCCCCCCGUCCCGCGUCCUCACAGGACAGUUCUGCAAAGAGGUGCCAGCCCCUGGGCCCCCCUGCCCUUAAAAAGACAGGAGCUGCCCAGCGUAGGCCGCCCCCCUCGCCCCUGACAAGCCCCCCCGCCCCGUUCAGGCUCAAGGCCUCCGCGCGUGGGGCCCCAUCCCCAGCCGGCAGCCCGGUGUCCUCUGAACCGUCCUGUAAGUACCCCAAGCCUUCUACCACCCCCACAACACAAAUACCCCCCCCUGCCCCGCUGCCCACCCCCACAACACAAAUACCCUCCUCUGCCCAGCUGCCCACCCCCACAAGAACAGCUUCCUCAUGCUCCGCCCACUCAGCCAGAGCCCCUCCUCCCUCUCGCCAGAGGGUCCUAGGAAGGGGGACAGACAGGCAGGCGGCUGCCCCCUCCCAAACCCAGUUAUCCCGCAGGCGUCCCCAGGUGCCCCCCUCACAGUGUCAGCUGGACGCCCAGAAAGCCCGGAAAGUGCCCCCCACCACUAAAGUGCCCCCUUCAAGCAGACCCGGCUUUCCCGCCCCCACUGGAGGACAGACUCUCUCCUCCCGAACUCGGAGCCCGCUGCCCAAAUGCUCCGACCGCCCCAGGCCCCCCGCCAGGACUCCCCUCCCCCCCGCCAGGACUCCCCUCCCUGCUGCAUCCAGUUGCAAAACCACGAAAACCUCAAACACUACCCCUGGGUCUGCCCCCAGGGCCACGCCCACCCUCAGAGGGGUCCAGAGGACAGCUGAAAUGGCAGCGAAGGCGGGGCUAAGAGGACCGCCCCUGUCCCGCCCCGCAGCCACGGUCACAAGCUCGCCGAAACCAGCCAGGGCUCUUUGCCCAGCCGACCGAGCACCCGCCCCCAAAACUAGUCCUGCCCCCAGCGCAAAGCCCGCCCCCAGAGCUAGUCCCGCCCCCAGAGCAAAUCCUGCCCCCAGAGCUAGUCCCGCCCCCAGCGCAAAGCCCGCCCCCAGAGCUAGUCCCGCCCCCAGAGCAAAUCCCGCCCCCAGAGCUAGUCCCGCCCCCAGUGCAAAGCCCGCCCUCUCGUCCAGCAACAGCUCAUCCCGCUUUAAGAGGAACCCGGAGGCAAAGAAAAAACAGGACACUUACUUUGAAAUGAACUGCAAAAAGAAGCAAAAAAGUUAAGUUUUUGGACAGAGCUAAAAAAAAUUACGUCUAGCGGGGUAUUAUGGGUCUAAAGGGUUUUAGUGGCUUAAAAUUCAGUCUCCUCAGAAACGUGUGAAAUUCUUUUUAGUGUGACUCAUUACAUGCAUCUACAUCUGAUUUUUCAAAUGAAUUAUGUACUUAAACCAGCAAGAAGUUGAACAUAAUGAAACAAAGAUAAAAAGCACUUGAAUGACACGACCAGCAUUCUUAUGUGAAGACGUCUUUUAUUGAUUUGCACGCACGUUUUUCCUCCGACUAAUAUUCAGAAUUCUAACAAACUUAAGUGCCGUGCUCCACCGUGAGAUUUUGGUUUGUGUGCUUUUAAAUGACUUUUUAAAAUUUAAUUCAUAAUUUUAUUUUUGUUUUUAAGUGCUGUUUCAUGUAGGUCAAAAUGAUGCUUGAUGUUUCCACUAAUGGUGCAAACGUCAUGUGUUCUCCCUUCAUGUGACAGAAACGGUCAGGUCACAGAAAAGUAUGGCACCACAUAAGUCUCGUCUGAACAGGGCUUGUUUGUGUCUCCUGUUGCUAAUGACUUGGUUUUCACGUCUUGCUGCCUUUAUGAAUGUAUGACACGUGAGCACCGUUUAGCAUCAUAAAAAAACAUUUUGCUCGGGACAGUAACAGUUUUGCUCUGGAAUAGUGUUUUUUUUAAUACAGUAAUACAGUGACUGCAACCAAAGUCUUUGACAUUGAUUGUAAAUUAACUGGAACAUUCCAUUUAGCAAAGCACAGUGUUUUUUUUUUGGCUUUUUUGGCUUCUCCCACUCAUAAAUGUUUGUGUUUAUUUCCUUUUUUUGGCUUACUCUGUAGAUAGGGAUAGGGUCAAGACAGCAUUUCUGUAGCAAUGGUGCUUUAAAGGGAUGGACUUUGCACAAAUUAGAAGGUGUCAACGCUGUGCCUUACAAUUAGAAAACUGGCUUUAGAAUGUUUCAUAAAAUGUUUGUAUGGAAAUUUGUAUUAGAUACCAGUUUGCUAAGAUUUAGGAGGACGUUAGUCUAAGGCUCUUGGGGUUUUUAUGGUCAGUUAAACUUAAGAGGAUCUUUAAACACUACUGAUAACUGUCCAGUAUGUUUGUAUAGAUGCAGUGUUAAGAAUAACGCAAACAAUGGGUCGUAUGUAAGUAAGUAUGUAACUGUUUUGUCUGUUAUGUCUGCUCAGCGUAUGGUGUAUUUGUGCAUGUUUUCUGUGUUUGUUCUCCGUCUUUUACUUACUGUCCAUGUUUGUCGUGCACUUGAUUUAUUUGACCUGUCAGAUUGUUUUUGCUUUUUUUUCAGCACUUUAUGCAAACCUUGAAACAUUUCAGUUUGCGUCAUGAUUAGAACGUCCUUGGUGAUGUACAGUGUCCGUACUUCUUUAAAUAAAAUUAUAAUCAACAUUGA